AUGAGAAUUCUUCCUCGCCUGCUCGCUGUGCUUGCGUCAUGUUCGGGUAGGAGCACGUUGAUGGAUGCAUCAGGAAGCCUCCGUCUGAAAACAUCGGAUGCGAAAACAACGUCUCAGGGUGUUGUGUCUAUUGUUUUCAGCCCUGACACGAAGUCCUUCUUGACUGAUUCAAAUGAGAUCCUUUGUCUGGAAUCGACAGAUCCUCCCUGCCUAGUCUGUCGUGGAGCCACCCUCAGUGGAACAUCGGUCGCUGAGGGCAGUGCUUUAUCCACUAGUUCGGUUGUGUCCGAUGCAAUUCUAGUGGAUGGUAUCACACAUGGAGAUGUGGAAGCAGGAUGGAGUAAUUCGAGACAUGCUAGGACAAUAACAGCCUUGUUCAGAGCGCGAUUGAGCCUCGAUUCAUCAUCCAAGCAGUUGCUCAUACUUUGUAUUCAUGGCGAAAUUGGUGAAUCCGAGAGUCUUCGACUGAAGGGAGAAGCUAAAAGCCUCUUCGAUGCAACAGCUGCUGAAGUCAAAUCUGAUGCUGCAUUCAUCGAGAUGUACGAUGUUUCCGUUGUCUCUGUCGAUUCAAAGUCGGAUGCAAAUGCUGUGUUGUCAAAAGCCUUUCAGCACGCAGGGGCGAUAGCUGGAACAGAUACGUCCCUUGCAAGUGCUCUCGAAGAAGCACACAAUAAAGUUAUUCGAUCAGGAGUUGCAGUAGCAGCAAAAGAUCCUCCCCAUAUUGCUCAAGCUUUUGUUACUGUUGGCAAUGCGCUCACAAAACAAACGAGAACGGUUCGAGCUAAGGUUGUCGCAUGGGAAAACCGUAUUUCCCGAGGACUUUGGGUAGAAGGAUUUGGUUCGGAAGCGGAAUUAGUUCGUCAGCGAGUCCUUGCUAGCUUUGAUUCCGAGACUCUAGCUGCUGCUGGACUACCUCUUGUG